AGUUGAUGCAGCCGUCUCUAGUCUGAAGCUGGAAGAUGUUUAAAGGGAGACUCAUCAGUGCAAUAUGGUGCUUGGCAUCUGUGUCAGGUGGAUUUGGAUGGAUCUUCUCAAGCGCAAACACACUGCCUAGAUUUAAACCACUGAACACAACAUUUGAAGAUUGUACAGACAGCUCGAUGGAUUUGGUUAUUCUGCUUGACUCGUCGGGAAGCGUUGGUUCCACCAAUUUUCUUCGUUUCAAACAGCUCAUGAUCGAAGUCGUCAGCGCGGUCAAUAUUGACGAUGGAAUGGCCCGUGUUGCUGUGGUCACAUUCUCUACAUCCGCCAAAGUCGAAUUCUUACUUGAUGACUUCUCUACAAAUAAAGGUGUUCAGAAGGCGAUUAAAGGCAUUGUAUAUGAAGGAGGAUUUACGAACAUUGUCUCCGGCCUGUCCAUGGUUUAUAACACAGUGUUUCAGAGAAAAAGGGGGGACAGACCCGACGUCAGGAACGUCCUGUUGCUAAUAGUUGAUGGACCUUCAACUGAGGAUUCAUCCUUGACCAUACCUACGGCCACUCUUGUAAAGGAAUCGGGUGUCCAUAUAUUUGUUGUAGGCAUACAAGAGGCUGACAUUGAUGAGAUUACGGGCAUCGCUUCCGAACCAACUGAGGUUAAUUGUAUCAAGGGACACUUCGAUGAUCUUGAGAACAUCGCAGAUUAUCUGUUCAAAACGAUGUGCACAGGUAUCGUUCGUGCCGAAACAAUGUCGUCGUCUGUGACAACAACUGCAACUACAACAGCUACGACAACAGUUGCGACAACCACAGCUCCAUCUGUAGCAGGAGGGAGAGCAGCUACAGCCAAUACCACGCCUGCUUCGUCAACGACCUCGUCAACUUCAGCAGGAGCGACGACAGAAGCAACGUCUUUCUCCACAACACCUACAGGUAAUGCCUCGCCUGUCACGUCAAUGGCCUCGACAACUUCAGCAGGAGCUACGACAGAAGCAACGUCUUUCUCCACAACACCUACAGGUAAUGCCUCGCCUGUCUCGUCAACGACCUCGACAACUUCAGCAGCAGCAACAACGACAGAAGCAACGUCUUUCUCCGCAACACCUACAGGUAAUGCCUCGCCUGUCACGUCAAUGGCCUCGAAAACUUCAGCAGGAGCGACAACGACAAAAGCAACGUCUUUCUCCAAGACACCUACAGGUAAUGCCUCGCCUGUCACGUCAAUGGCCUCGACCACUUCAGCAGGAGCGACGACAGAUGCAACAUCUAUCUCCAAGACACCUACAGGUAAUGCCUCGCCUGUCUCGUCAAUGACGUCGACAACUUCAGCAGGAGCGACAACGACAAAACCAAACAUUUUAUCCACGACAGGUGCUACCGCCACAACAACAACUACAGAUACUAUCACCUCUGUCACAUCAACGGCCUUGACGCCUACAGCGGGUUUUACAAUGACAGAUACAACGGCUACAGGUUUCUACACGUCCAACGCUUGUUACCGUCAGUGUGAGCAAAUGGCAACCUCUACCCCAGAGGUUAUUGAUGACGUGAUCAAAGAUCUCCAACUGCCCAAAAGGGAACUGUCCAAGCAGAUCGGCGAGAAGACCUCCACCUCCAAUCUCUCUGAGAGUGAACAGAUGGCUGGAAAGGGGGUAUUCGUGGUCCUGUUGGCUCCAUUUGCCUUUCUUGUAGGAUGGGACCUCCUCGACCUCCUGAGGUACAUCGACAGGAGGUACAUAAACAAUGACAGGGAGGGAAUGUAUUGAAAAUA